GCGCGAUCAUAACCCGAUCACUGUAGCAAGCCAGUAGCUCAUGCUUUAUACAUGAGUUGACUGUUAAUGUUCUAGCAGAGACUGUCAAGACCCUAACUCUAUCAUGAGUCGGAAUAUCUCCCCUGACAAGAGGCCUCAGCGCACGGCCACGCUGCCUACCAAGCUGACCCUCGCUCCCACUGCUCGCAUGGGCCUGGCUCUAGCUGCUUCCAUCUCUCUGCCCAAGUCACCGGAUGGGACCAGCGCAGAGGUCACAGCUCCUGUCUAUGCAAGGAUGCAAGGAGUGAUACAGAAGAUGCUCCACUCAGAGCACGGAGUUCCCAUUCGUUCCCACACUAGACGACUCAUCUCCGCCAUACCCAGCGCCUUCACUGGUGCUGACAUUGUGACCUGGCUCAUGAAGAAUCUUUAUAUCAGAACCAAAGUUGAGGCGGUGCACAUUGGCAACUUGUUGAGCAGACAUGGCUUCUUCUUCUGUGUAGAGGGAACGGAUGUCCCAGUCAAAGAUGAUGGGACUCUGUUCAGAUUCCAGACACCUUAUUACUGGCCCUCCCAGAACCCUUCAGAUUCUGACUUUGACUAUGGAGUGUACCUUGUGAAGCAAGUGCUGAGGAGCAAGCAUCGCAUCAGAUUGUAUGAUUAUGAGAUGAACAACCUGCACAAGCUCAAGCUCAGACUAGCCAAAGAUUGGAGAGGCAUUGCCAACAAGGCUGAGAUGGAUGUCAAGAUCUUCCGUGAGCAAAAGAGAGUUGCCAAAGCCAUCAUCAGUAGUCAAGAGGAGGCCUUCUGGAGACUGCACAGACCUCCGCCUGGCAGCAGCAGUGUGAGUGACUCCACCCUCUCCAGACACUACCUCACUCGGCCAGAGUGGAGGGCGUAUCGUUGGAACCUAGAGAGUCUGCGAGCUGAGGUGGCCUUCCUGAGAACUGCUGCAAUGAAGCCAAAGGUCCACAUGUCCACUGUGCUGGAAGGAAUGGUGGGAUAUUGUAAAAAGUAUAAGGAAUUUGACCCGAUGUUGGAAGCCCCGUUACCUAGCAACCCAUGGAUCACUGGCGACACCACUCUCUGGUCUAUGGAAACCUCUCUUCUGGAUACGCCCACGGAUCGUCACGUGCGUAACUGGGCGUGUUCCUUCCAUGCUCUCCUCUCGGACGUGACUGGUCGUCAAGUAUUUGAAGAGUUUUGCAAGAGUCAGUACAACCACGAGAAUGUGAGGUUCUGGCAAUCUUGUCAAGAUCUCAAGUCCAUUCCCCUCAAGGCUAUUCCCGGCUCUAUCAGGCUAAUCUACGAUGAAUUUCUCCAGCGUAAUGCCGGGAGUGAAGUGAACGUGAGUGCCAAGGUUCAGGAGGAGGUGGAGAGAGACCUCGAGACUCCAUCCAGAUACGCCUUCACUGCUGCUCAGGAACAAAUCUACCAGCUGAUGCAGAAUGAUAUCUACUCUCGGUUCCUGAAGUCCUCUCUCUACCAAGACAUGCUCAAGCGUGGCAAAGACGCGGCUGCUGGUAAAGGUUUCUUUGCUCGACUUCAACUGAGGAAGAAUAAAUUGGACGUGGGCCAGAAAGAUGCUCGAGGCAUCAGCCCCAACCUCCCCCAGAGGUACACCAAGAGACAGCUAAGUAUCUCUCGCAAGCUAAGCUCCAACAACGGCUCCUCCUCGCUGGAUGACCUCUUCCUAGCAUCCAGUAGUUCAGACCCCACCGUAAUAGGUCAGGGACAACGACGCUCCGUCUACACUGAGGCUUUCAUUGAUGCCCUCACAACUCCCGGCCCUAACAAGACCCACUUCCAACAGCAGGGGAUACGAAGAGUCUCCGCUCCCGGGCCCCCCACUGGGACAGGAGGGGAACACUUGGAGAUACAAGAGUCGAUACCUGAGGUAGAGAGGUUUGGGCCUCUGGCUAUGGACAGCUCCACCAUACCCAUGUCUUACAGUGCUGAUGAUAUGAAGGAGCUGCUUUAUGAUGCUGACAAUCUGGGGCCCUCAAAAUGGAAGAAGUUUGGGAUAGCAGCUGGUAUGGAUCUGUCUGAACCACUAUCCCCCAUUAAACCUGAGAGCAGUCUACAAGCCCAGCUAGCUGUGGGGGUCCACCCUGCACGAAGCUUGUCCACUGACCACACCCACGGCCUCCUCGCCGUGCCGACUGCAUAUGGCUUCUCAACUUCGCCCAAAACUGGAGCCUUUGAAUACGAGUCCAUUAACAAGACAUCGCUUAGAGCCGGUAGCUCUGACAGCAUCCACUCCACUGCUAGUCAAUAACUUGUGUGUGUGUGUGUGUGUGUGUGUGUGUGUGUGUGUGGUGUGGUGUGGUGUGGGCGUGUGUGUGUGUGUGUGUCACUCUGGAAUCAGUGCAGGAAUCAGUAGAACGUUGUAGUUGUAUAAUUUAGAUUUGAUUUUAAAUUUGCUCGAUUGUGCAGUUUUGUGCUGACAGUUUCACUUCUGAAAGAAAGUUACUUCGAUGA